AUGCGUUCUUCGAAUGUGCUCGUAUGUUAUGUAGACAAUGCUAUUAGACAUUGGUCAAUGUCAGUAAAGGCCCCUAGGGCUUAUAUAGGUGCGUGUGGGGAAACUUUGAGCUUGCUCGAAGACCUCAAAAAAGACCACAAGGCAACCUUGAGAUCAGAGGAUAUCAGUCGCCUGAGUUUUUCUCAUACCAUAGAUCUGGUUAUUAUUCGAUUAGUAGAAGGAAGUCAUGAGAACAUCGCUGCAGGCAGGAUGUAUGAAGAGACUUUUGAAUUAGUUAAUGUAUACUAUAAGAAGAGAAAAAAGUAUUAUUUUUGUCUGGCAAGGUCUGUGCAUCCAAUUUUCCCUCCCACAGCAGGAAAUCAUUUUCAAAAGACCUUUAACCAUCAGACAAAGAAAAGGCUUCGUUUGGAAGUUCUCUGGACUACUACGGAGCCAAAAUUAACUACUGGUGCUUAUACGUUUUUUCUUAUUUAUGUUACAAAUAUUAGAGCAAAGUCGACAUUCAACAUAUUUUUCAAUAACCAUGCAGCCGCCUUGCCCAAGAGGAAUGUGAGCUAUAGAGUUCAAAAGAAAAAGAAGUGA